GGACAUCUCGCGAGAUUUGUUCCAGUGGCGGGAAUAAACAAGGAGGUUCUUGUGUCAGCUACAGUUGUGUUGUUGCUUCUCGGUGUCUGUCUUGUUAUGAUUAUUGACGCGGCUUGAUACAGCGCUCUUAGUUGUUUAAAUCUAUAAUAUAAGGGUUGAAGCUCUCUUUUACUCAGUACUUUGUUUGUUAGAAAAUGUCGGACGCUUUAUCUGAAGACGGGAGCGACAUUAACCAAGAUGACAGCCGGGAGGAGGAUGUUAUGACUCCGGUUGAGCUGAUCGCCAAACUGGAAGAGGUGAGCUGAACUUACCUGUCUUGUCCUCAUAGUUAUAGUGUUAUAGUGUGUGAUAGUUUAAGAAGACUUAUUUGAGACAUGUCAGCCUCUUUUCCUCACACUCGUGCUUUUCUCUGUCGCUCACAGGCCUGGCUGAACGAGAAGUUUUCCCCGGAGCUCCUGGAGAAUAAGUCAGAGGUGGUGGAGUGUGUGAUGGAGCAGCUCACACACAUGGUAAGUCCGACUCACACUCAUCGUAUGCCAUUUAAAGCAGUGGUUCUCAACUGGUGGGUCCCGACCCAAAAGUGGGUCGCGGACACGUUAAGGAAGGGUCACGAACAGCUGGUUUGAUAUUUUCUGUACACGGAACUUCAGUAGUUGUCGUCUUCAUGUUGUCCCCUUCAUGCACCGUGAAAUGCACUUUAUUCAAUUUAUGUUAAAGAUGUUUAAGAUUAGAGUCUUUAAAGUUUAUAUAUAUGUAUGUAUAAAAUGAAAUUGCUUGGUUUGAAUUCUAGAAAAGUGGGUUGCGACCAUAAAGUGUAGUAGCACCGACGUCAGCAGUGACAUGCUAACGCGGCCAUUUUGACAGAUAUAACAACACUAAGCACACUGGAAUGAAUGAAAUUAGGACGAUGCUAGGUUUUAAAAACCAGCUAUUUAUUAGCUGACUACACAGUAACGGAGAAUGGAAUGGAGAGAGCAAAACUUGGACUCAACAUACCGUACAGGGACAAGCUGAACAAUGAAGAAAGAGAGGGUUACCAUAGCAAAAGUGCGGACAUUGCUGGACUCGACCCAUAUGAACACACUGUAUGGUCAGAAGAUGAUUUCGAGAUGCUACCACCACUUAACCGAGUGCACCAAGUUACUGUCUGUCAAAAUGGACGGGCUGGCAUGUUUUGCACCACGCUUCCCGUGCUGACGUCAAGGCUACUUCACUUCAUAUAGAAUGGACAGCGUCUGCCUCCUCGAUGGGUGAAGCUACUCCGGGAACAGCACACCCUGGUGACAGGCUGCAGUAUAGGUCAUAAAUCCCGCCUCUGCCAGCAAAGCUUAUGGAGCUGUGGUCUGGUGUUUCUCCUCCUCCUCUUGACAAACAGCCCCACUCACACUCUCUCUAUGGCUCAGGUCAGGCAAGUAGACUGGCCGCACAAGCACUUUAAAUAUCAAUACUAUUUGCUGGCUGUUCCGGCACUGUAGACAGGUGCUCAUUCCUACUGGGAGAGCAAAUCAAAAUCUUUGUGAAGCCUGUCAGCAGAUGGAAGUGCUCUAAAUCUCUUGGUAGAUGUCUGUGUUGCUUUUGGACUUGAUAAAAACACAGCAGAUUAACACCAGCAAAGAACGGCAUGUCACCAAAUGUCAAUACAGACUGCAGAAACUCUGAACUGGACUUCAGAGUCAGUGUUUCUGCACUCUUCUUUCAAACUGUGAACUUUUUGAUUGAUCUUUUAUCGCCAUGUCAUUUGCCUCAUUGUUUGGUGGUGUUUGGUCAGUCAUUUUCAUAACAAUAAUAAUAAUAAUAAUAAUAACUUUAUUUUUAUAGCAUUUUUAAAAACAGAAGUUUACAAAGUGCUCUGAUAUAAAGCCUUAAAGCACACGGAAAAAGACAGAUAAAAACAAAAGCUCAGUUCAAACGGAAUUGAAGGUCAUGUUCAUAUCAUAAGGAACCCAGACAAUACAAGAACCCUGCAACAUAACAUGAGACCAUGAGGACCAAAAUAAAAACAUAAAAUAGUUAUUAUAAAGAAAAUGCAGUUAAAGGGGAAAGCAGGAUAGUAAAAAUAAAAGACUAUAUCAAUGAUGAAUAACAAGUCGUACUGAUAAUAGUAAUGAUGAAGUAGAGCAACAGAAAUGAGCAAGAGAAAAAAAAAAAGCAAUAAAAAAAGCUGAAAAGACAGCAAAGCCAAAAUAAGAUAGAGCUUAAAGAGAUAAGAGAUGACAGGUAAAAGAUAAAAGAUGAUAAAUAAUAAUCUUUAUUAAACAAUAAUAAAUUAUUAUGUAAUAUUUGCUGAAAACCCUUAUUAAAUUCGAUUCUCAUGGGAACUAAGGUUACCUGAUUGCCUUAUGUCUUUCCAAAUAACAGAAAAAUUUCUGUUCAAUGAUUUAAGGGCUCUUAGUAGGUCGUGUUAUUUAAGUUUGAUACUGACAGCAGUAUACACGGUGUUCAAAAUCUGCCCAAAAAUACUGCUACUUGUUUGUUUCCUCUGCAAGUUUGGGUUAGAAUAAAGUUGGAGUGAAUAUUCAAGCUGCUGUAUAUAACUCAGAUUUAGGUAGGUCAUUGCUCUAACAUAAUCACUCGUUUAAAAAAUCAGAUCUCUUAUUCUUCCUCUUGAUAAAUAAAAUGCUAACUUGUGAUGCUUUUCUGACCUUCCACUCAAUAGGAAGCCAACUUGCAACGGGUGAAGAAAGGCGAUGCCAAGGCGAGCAUCCAUCGAAUGGAGAUUGACAGGAUCCGGUUUGUGCUCAGCAGCUACCUGCGCUCUCGUCUGCAGAAGGUCAGUUAAUUUAACACAACAGCAUGAAAAAAAAAAACCAAAGCUCUCAUCUCAGCGGCUGUUGAGCAAACAUGCUUCAAUCUUGUGUGUCUGUUUAUCUAGAUUGAAAAGUUUUUCCCACACGUCCUGGAGAAAGAAAAAUCCAGAAGGGAGGGAGAUACAUCACUGCUUUCCCCUGAGGAGUUUGCCUUUGCCAAAGAGUGAGUAUAAAGAGGUAAGAUUGUAGAUGUGGAUUUUUUUUAAUGACCUUUGGGAUGCAAACAAAUGUUCCUCUGCCGUACAGAUACUACACCAACACAGAAUCCUACCUGAAGGCUGUAGCAUUGAAGCGUAUGCCUCCCAACCUGCAGACAGUGGACAUGCUCAAAGCAGGUAAAAUCUCCUCUAACUGUCCAUACUUUAACUUCAGAAACUCUUUAGAUCUUACCAACCUUUAAUGACACAUGCUAGAAAUAUUGUUAUCAACAUGCACUGGCAUUUCGUGACCAUCACACUAAGAUUUAUAUAUCCUAAUGUAACCGCAGUGCCUGAGCCCUGCCUGGACUCCUUUGUGUUUCUACGAGUGAAGGAAAGACAGGAGAACAUCCUAGUGGAGCCUGAAACGGAUGAUCAGAGGUACAGCACUCAAAAACUUGUCACUGUGAUAUUUUCCUGCAUGGAUACUGAAUUAAGCAAUCAUAUUAUCUGUCUUCUGUCUCUUCUUUCAGAGAGUAUGUUGUGGAUCUGGAUGAAGACUCUCAGCAUCUGAUGCGGUAUCGAACUAUUGCGCCAUUUGUCUCAAGUGGAGCAGUGCAGUUAAUUUAAAUGUGGAGGUAAGUUCAUUAAAGGGAUAUUCCAGCGUAAAGUUAAUUUAGGGUCAAACACACCAUAACACCCCGUGUUAGACACCCCGUCGAGAGAUGAAUUUUGCCGACCGCUUGCUUCUCUAGUUAUACGAAUUUUCAUUAAGACCGCAGAUAGCAAUACAGAGAGCGACACGCUGAACCAAAACGCCACUCGAUAGCCACAAAUAAUGCUCAGAACAGCACCUAACUUCAUCAACAGUACAUAUAGGGUCCUAGCCAUAGCACUAGCAACCAAAAAAAUCUUUUUAGCUUUGCCUAAUUUCUUUGGCAUAGAGACUAAACACAACUCACCUACUCUCUUCCAGCAGCCGCUUGUUUGUACGGAGACCUCCAGGCGAAUCCAUCAACUGCAGCGGGGUGACGCAGCUCAAGGAAGAACAUUAAUGUUCAUUUCUUUAUCAUUUCCUUGAAGUAAUAAUCACCAUAUUAAUUAUUUUGUACUGUAGACACGGUAGUUCUACUGGCUCUGCGUCUCGGUCUGAUUACAUUUCCAUGAAGAUAUGAUCAUAAAUGUUCUUCCUUGAGCUGCAGCACCCCGCUGCAGUCGAUGGACUUGCCCAGAGGUCUCCGUACAAACAAGCGGCUGCUGGAAGAGAGAGGAUGAGUAGUGUUUGCUAAAGAAAUUAGGCAAAGCUAAAAAAGAUGUUUGGUGGCUUGUACUAUGGCUGGGACCCUAUAUAUACUGUUGAUGAAGUUAGGUGCUGUUCUGAGAAUUAUUUGUGGUUAUAGAGUGGCGUUUCGGUUGAGCGCUUUGCUCUCUGUAUUGCUAUCUGCGGUUGUUACUAAACUUGGUAAAACUAGAAUAGAAAGCAGUUUGCAAAAUUCAUGUUUCGACGGGGUGUCUAACCCGGUGUUAUGGUGUGUUUGGCCCUAAAUUAAUUUUAUGCAGGAAUAUCCCUUUAAAUUAGAUUGGGUAGUCUUUCUCAUUGCCCCCAUACUGCCCUUACAAACCCUCUUUUUACAAACAUCUGUUCACUCAUUUCUGCAUCAGCUGCUUUCUCGUGACAUCUGGAUUUUUUAGCCCCCCUUUGUUUGCAAUGUUCAUUUUGUCGUGGCUGCACAUUAUGGUGGACCAGAAUAGACUGUUUGGCUGAAGCCCUGUUACUCAUAAGUGUUUUUUUAUGCUACAGGUAUGCCCGUUGGUGUGGAUGUCCAUUUGAGCUCCAAGAGUAAAAGAGCAGUGACCUGAUUUUUGGGACAUUUCUAUAAUUAGAUGUAUCAUCAGCAAAAACUGCAUCAGAAAGUGCUCUCAUCUUUCGCUCUAACGUCAGGAUUAAAGACUUGUCCAUGAGGGGCAAACGUGGACAUUUGUUGGACCAAGUCUUAAAGCUGUUUCUGAAUCAACCCUGCCCACCACCAGACCAGCCGCUGUGUUAUUUUUGUACGCUUUUAAUCAUCACAACAAGUUUGGUUGCGUAAUAAUAAUGUUUGCUGGAGUGUCGGUGCUGAUUUGGCUGGUCAAUGCAGGUCUUGCUAAUCCGGUGAUUUACACUUAUUCUGUUACUGUAUCCGGGUGGCCCACAUUGUUGGACUUUUUCCUCUGCUGCUCAAUAACAAGAUGCAUCAAAUAACCCGGAGGUGAAAUUUCAUCAGCUCACUCGGCACCAUUAGAUUGCCAAAGUGAAUGUAAUUGUGCACGUAUGUUGUUUCUUUUGCUGUUCGAAUGAGACGCAAGUUGAUAGAAUUUUGCUUUUCUGUCAUGAGCUGUAUAAAUUCUGCAAAUAUUGGCCAUUAUUACUGAACUUAAAAGUGCAUUUUUUUUCUCCUAAUACAACAUAUUUUGUAAAAUCAC